AUGAUGUCAGAAGUGAAAAGUUUAUACAUGGGCGUUGUUCUACUCGCCUUACUUGUGAUAUGUCGAGAAAUAUGUAUGUGCAAAAAACACGUAGAUUUAUCUAGUUCACAAAAGAAUUUAUUUCUUCUGAAUGUAGAACCAGGAGAUACAGUGGUGUAUACAUGUCCAUACAGUCUCAAUGGAGAAAUGAAAAUUACAUGUGCAAGAGAAAGAGAGUAUUUUGAAAGAAAAUUAUUUUGUUUCGAACAUGUAAUAAUUAAUAAAAAUGUUUAUCUUUUAAGAGAUUAUAUCAGAGGGGCACAUAAUUUGGUUAGUAAAUAUGUAAACAAUAUAUACACAGCUGAAUUUACUGUUCCUCCUGUUGUAUUGACAAAUCGUCAUUUUGAAUGUUACUGUUACAUGGAUCAAGGAGAGCAUGUUGUAAAAAAAACGUUGAAAGUACAUAUAUCAAAAGGAAUUGUACGUAAAAUUCCUGGAUGUGAUUUCAAUGAUGAAUAUAGAGAAUCUACUGCAAUUACAACAUUUAAUAAUAUGAAUCGAAAAUUUGUUAAAGUGUGUGAUAGCUAUCCAAAGGGUGGUGAUACCAUUGUUCUCUUAUGCCCAAUGAAUUAUACUGUAAAACCAAAUGGAUGUUUUUCUCAAGUUUAUGUUAAGAAAGAAGAUUUUGCAAAUGAAAAAAAUAACCUUGAAGAGAGAUUUAAUAUUAAUCGUAAAUGGGAAGAAGACAAAUAUAAAGUUGUAAAUGUAGAAACUAUUUUUAAUCAAAAAUUAGUUACUUCUGGGGAUGAAAAUACCAGAUUUACAAAAAUACCUGUGACAAAUGAAGAAGUUGCAUUUACCUGCACAUGUCAGGCGAAUGAUGGAUCAGAUACGCUAAUGAUGAAUGUUUAUAUGAAUGAAAAUUAUGAUAAAUUUGUCAAGUCACCAAAUGAACGAUUGGAACAAAACAAUGACAGAGUUCAGCACAGCAAGUUUAAUUCAAACGCAACUGUCACCACGAUUCAUGAAAAGUAUGAAAAAAAAGAGUCAUAUGGAGCUCAUUCCUUUUUUUGUCAAAUUUUGUUUUUCCUUUCACUUCUUGUCUUUUUUGCAGUAGCUUAG